GCCACGUUCGGUUGAGCUCCAAGUAGACCAGCGGCAGCGGCGGCGGUGGUGCCGGAGGCGCUGAGGGAGGCGCAGGCGGAGCCGGGCGGGCGCGCGAGCGAGCCAGUGGGCAGCCGGGCCGGCGGGAGAGCGGCGGCGGCGGCGGCACCGGCACCCCAGGCCGAGCCGGCGCGGGAGGAGUUCCAGGGCGAUGGGGCCGCGGCCGGGGCUGACGCUUUGACAGCUGGAAAGAGCGCGGAGCCAGCGCCUGGGGGGGAGGGAGGGGAGCGCGGCGAGGAGAGCGCGAGCGAGCGAGCGAGCGAACGCCGGGGAGGGGGCCGGGAGCGAGGGGGCAGCUCGGGAGCAGCCGGAGCGGUAGCGGCGGCGGCGGCGAGGCUCGGCGCCCUCUUCUCUGCAAACCAUGUUUGCGAAAGGCAAAGGCUCGGCGGUGCCCUCGGACGGGCAGGCUCGGGAAAAGUUAGCUUUAUACGUCUACGAAUAUUUACUGCACGUAGGAGCACAGAAAUCUGCACAGACCUUCUUGUCGGAGAUUCGAUGGGAAAAAAACAUCACGUUGGGAGAACCGCCUGGGUUUUUGCACUCGUGGUGGUGCGUAUUUUGGGACCUUUACUGUGCAGCUCCUGAAAGGCGAGACACUUGUGAACAUUCAAGUGAAGCAAAAGCCUUUCAUGAUUACAGCGCAGCCGCCGCCCCGAGCCCGGUGCUUGGCAACAUUCCCCCCAACGAUGGGAUGCCGGGAGGCCCCAUCCCGCCAGGUUUCUUUCAGGGUCCUCCGGGGUCACAGCCCUCGCCGCACGCACAGCCUCCACCUCACAAUCCCAGCAGCAUGAUGGGACCCCACAGUCAGCCUUUUAUGUCACCGCGAUACGCAGGCGGCCCCCGGCCUCCGAUCAGAAUGGGAAACCAGCCUCCGGGAGGAGUUCCUGGGACACAGCCACUGCUGCCCAAUUCCAUGGAUCCCACGCGACAACAAGGGCACCCCAACAUGGGAGGAUCAAUGCAGAGAAUGAACCCUCCCCGAGGCAUGGGGCCUAUGGGGCCCGGCCCACAGAAUUACGGCAGCGGCAUGAGACCACCACCCAACUCCCUUGGCCCCGCCAUGCCCGGGAUUAACAUGGGCCCGGGAGCUGGCAGACCCUGGCCCAAUCCUAACAGUGCUAACUCAAUUCCAUAUUCCUCCUCAUCACCCGGCACCUACGUGGGACCCCCUGGUGGUGGCGGGCCCCCAGGAACACCCAUCAUGCCUAGUCCUGCAGAUUCAACAAAUUCCAGUGACAACAUCUACACAAUGAUUAACCCGGUGCCGCCUGGAGGCAGCCGGUCCAACUUCCCGAUGGGUCCAGGCUCGGACGGCCCGAUGGGGGGCAUGGGUGGCAUGGAGCCACACCACAUGAACGGCUCGUUAGGGUCAGGUGACAUAGAUGGACUUCCAAAAAAUUCUCCUAACAACAUAAGUGGCAUUAGCAAUCCUCCAGGCACCCCUCGAGACGACGGUGAGCUAGGAGGGAACUUCCUCCACUCCUUCCAGAACGACAAUUAUUCUCCAAGCAUGACGAUGAGUGUGUGAUCCCCCCUCCUCUUCUCUGAGACGCUGAGAGAGCCGGCAUUGCAGGCGGGAAGGUGCCAGAAAUUAUGCAAGAAGUGAGGUGUCAUUACCCAGGAGCUGGGGGAGGGGCAUCUCCUGCUCCCCCUCAACCCUCCCCCUCCCCUCCCCCAACCUUUCUCAAUUUUAGUUUCAUGCAAUAAAAAGGCCGAACUUUUUAUUCCAUAAAACAUGAAGGACAAAACUCAAAAAUACAUUUCAAGUCAAUGACCAGAAAAAUCCCACCCCUUGCCCUUUCCCAAAAGGACCUUUUAUGUACAUGACACAUUUUUGUUGUUUUUUGUUGGGGGUUUUACCGUUGUUGGGAUUUUUUUAAUUUGUUUUCAGGGGGGUUUUUUGGGGGAAAAAUUUUUAAAAAUGGAAGCUUCUAGCAAGCCCCCCCACCCCAAUCAACCUCUUUGCUUUCUUCUUUAAAAAAAAAAAAAAGGACAAAAAAAAGCAAAAAACGAAAAACAAAAAACAAAAACCCAAGCCCUGUUGUCUGUCUGUACCCAAGCCCUUCCACCAGGAAAGCUAGUCUAGGUGUGAGAUCUCACCUGUCUUUGUAGCCAUCUAAAAAUAAUAAUAAUAAUUAUAAUAAACUGGGCAGUUUACAAUCGGUGGUUUCUUUCAAACGGCCUUUUUGGGAAAGAAAAAAGGAGUCAUCCUUUUCCACUUGGGGUUUUUGGUUUGUGCUGACGGGCAAGGGAAGGGCAGGAACCUGUCUUGUUUCUGCUUGGUCUCCUGGCGAGGUGGCGACAGCAGCUGCACAGCUUCGACCCCAGACCCCCUCCCCCGUUACGUGGCCAGAGGGGCCAGACCACCGACCGCUUUCAGGAUCCCGCCCCAGCGGAGCUGUGCUGCGACCCAGUGGCAUGCACUGUUCCCAGGACUGCUUCCUCUCUCUUCUGGACCUCUCCCCGCCCAGCAUCCCGCCCUCCAGCCCCCUCCUCAGCCCCCACCCCAGUCUUCCCAGUGAGAAUCCUGCCAGCAGGGUGGUGGCCUGGAGCGGAGUGGGGGAGGCCGCCCCGACAGGAUGGCUGUGACCUGGGACAUGGAAACGGUGGCCUCCGCGUUCUCAUUCCUCGACUGGUCGGCCUCCUGUGUGCGGGCAGUGGAGGGCUGGGGUUUGGGUUUUCCGUUUUUUCCCCUCUUGAUUCUUCGUUUUCAAAAAUGGGAUAUUGACCAGAGUUGCUCUGUGUGCGCUUGGAACUGGACAGAGAGACUUUGGAAUAGCUGUGGGGGGGCAGGGGGGACGCCAGCAACCAAACAGAUGUGCUGUUCCCGGUCCUGUUUUUAUUUUCAAAAACCAACAAAUGCGACAGUGGAGCCUGUCCCCUCCCAGGAGGGGUGACUUGUGGCCUCCCUCACCUCACCACCCCCCAUCGAAACCUCUGUGUCUUGCCCUGAAGACACCAGAAUUCUUUGUACAUUUACACCCCUCCUCCUCCUCCUCCCCCCCUGUAGCUGGUCUUUGUUUUCGUCCCUCCCUUUCUGAUCCAUGUAUAUCAUAUUAUGUGAGAUAUCAUCUGCCUGAAAAAAGACCUUGUGCGGAUUAUUGGGAACAUUGUAGCUGUUUCUGUGUUUUUUCUUACCUUGUAGUCUGGUUCUGAAUUAAGAGAGGAAAAAAAAGUAAUUAUGAUACAUUGUAGUUUGUGUACGAUAUAUGUUGAUAACGUUUUAUUAAAGGGACAUCUUUUUUCCGCA